AUGCUGGGAGUACGACCCCGCAGCCCCAGCGCCGACUCCGAACACUGCUGGGCACCGCAGCCACAAGGACCCAGCCCUGCUAAGCGCCGCCGCCUCCAGGAGCCCCAGGAGUCAUUCAGCCUGGAAGAGCCUGCCGGGUCCGCCAGUGAUGCAUCGACCUCCAUGGUGUUCCUGGCUGCCGGCUGUGCUGUGCAGCUGCAGCUGGAUGGCGUCGAACUGCUGCUGGAGCCAGAUGCCAACUCGGUUCUGGAAGUGGAGCUCCCCGAACACACCAUCAUCCUGGUGCCCGAAGGCCUCCAGGCUCCAGACCAUCUUGGACAGCCUGGGUUCUUGUCCGCCACCCCGCAGGGGGGCGCUGUCCUGGAAAUGCCAGCGGAUGACCUUCUAGUCCUCCAGCCGGGAUCCUCCUGUGAGUUCAUUCUAGAAAGUUCCUACCAAGAGGAAUCCUUUGAUGAGGAUGAGGACUCUGGCUCCCUGUCACCAUGGAUGGAUCCUCCAGCUGGUCAGGCAAGUGAGCACUUUUCCUCCACCAUCAGGAUGCCCAGUCCUUGGCCUCAGGGCCACAUCCCAGAACCAUAUCCUUCAGGGUCUUCCCCUAAUGCAGAGCCAUAUUCUCCAAGGUCUGUCUGGGACCAGGACAGCUAUCUGCUGGGACCCUUCCCCAGCUCACCCCUGCAGCCUCUGCCUCCAUCUCCUCCUCCAAGUCCCCAAGAGCAGCGUCCUCCGUCCUCUCCUAGGUCCCCAUGCAAGGCCAGGAAGAGACUGUUCUGUGAAUGA